AUGGAUCCGUCGAAGUCGAAGGCAGCAGCGGCAUCGUUGCCGUCCUACGGCAAGGUGCUUGAGACCUACAAGAAGGCGGCGGCCACGGCCGCCACGGUGACCGCGUACGCCGUGCUGGCGCGCGGCAUGGCGCGGGAGCUGCUCCCUGACGAGCUGCGCGAGGCCGCGCGCUGGGCCGCUGAGUUCCUGCUGCGCAGCGGCGCCAAGUUGUUCGCGCGCGCCGCAGCGCCGGACCUUCGUCAUUAA